AUGGGCUGGCGGCCGUCACGAGAAGACGUGGUUGGCCUGAUUUUGGCCGGCUCGGCGGCGGCGCUCACCUAUGCGUAUCUUCGACGCAGAGAAUCUAGUUUGAAGACGACGGGUAGGCCCUUCCUCGUCGACUCGAACAAGAAAUAUUCGGUUAAACUUGUCGCCCGCGAGCAUUUGGGGCGGAAUGUUGUCCGGUUACGCUUCGCCCUCCCAGACGACUGCUAUUUGGGCCUCGAGACCGGCCAGCAUAUUCAGCUAACCGCAGAGAUUGGUGAGAAAAGCGUGACCCGAAACUACACGCCCGUCUCGCUGGUCCGAGAAUUGGGCUAUUUUGAGCUGAUCAUAAAGGUCUACGACGAGGUGGCCGAGCAGCCGGGCCGUGGCGCCUUCUCGCGACACAUUGGGAAUUUGCCGAUUGGCGGAGAGGUCCUGGUCCGCGGCCCGGUCGGCCAAAACGUGUACCACGGCCGAGGGACCUGGACGGUCAAGAAAAAGACGCAGAAGCUGAGCCUCAAGGGCAUCAAGAAGCUGGGGCUGGUAGCUGGCGGCUCUGGGAUCACCCCAAUGCUACAGACUCUCCACCACGUCGCCAACGACCUCGACGACCCGACAGAGAUCGGGCUCGUUUUUGCCAACUCCAGCGAUGACGAUCUGUUCUUGCAGGAAUACCUGGACGCGUUGCGCGAGGCGUCGAAUAGCCGGCUGCAGGUGUGGUACACGCUGAGCACGAGCAAGAAGUCCGGCGCGGAUUGGCCGUAUUCGGUUGGGAGAAUCGAUCACCCAAUGCUCUCUCAGCGCCUUCCAUCGCCCGGCUCGGAGACGUUGAUCCUCAUCUGCGGCCCCCGUCCCUUCGAGACGACUGCCCUCGAGAUUUUAGCCCGUGUCGGCCACCACGAGAACAACAUCAUCACCCUG